AUGGAUCCGUACGACUUGGGUUUUGGCCCCGAGCCAAAGCACAUUGACCGCAAGUCUCUAUACACUAGUCUUGAGGAGAGAAUCAAGUACUUGCACCACUUUCUUGAUUUCAAUGCCGACGAUAUCGAAGCCCUGUCCAGCGGAAGCAAAUACCUGAAGCAACUGAUCCCCGCCGUGGUCAACCUGGUGUAUAAGAAGCUGUUGCAGUACGACAUCACCUCGCGCGCCUUCCACACUCAGUCCACGGCCGACGAGACCGAGCUUGAACAAGACUAUCUGCACGAGGAGACCCCUCAGAUCAAGCGACGCAAGAUGUUCCUCCGUUGGUACCUCAUCAAGUUAUGCCAGGAUCCUACUUCCAUGGAUUUCUGGAGAUAUCUGAACAAAGUCGGAAUCAUGCACAGUGGCCAGGAGCGCCUGCAUUCUCUCAACAUCGAAUUCAUCCACAUCAACGUUUGCAUCGCGUAUAUCCAAGACAUCUUCAUUGAAGCCCUGAUGUCUCACCCCCAACUCUCCCUUCGCCGCAAGAUCGCUCUCGUCCGCGCCAUCAACAAGAUCAUCAUGAUCCAGAAUGACCUCUUCGCCAGACAUCGCAUCCGUGACGGCGAAGAAUAUGCCGAUGAGAUGUCCGAGUACAGCUUUUCCACGGAGGGGUGGGUGAACGGCAAGAAGGUGCUAGGUAGCAGCGACGGCAGCUCUGCCGAUGACGACGGGGCUAGCUUCGUGAGCACCGCGGCUCCUUCUGUGGCCCCUUCUACACAAACAGCACACACCGAGGACAGUGGGAACACAGCCAACACAGCCCAUACAAAUCGGUCUGCGUACAGUGUGGAUGCGGAGACUUCUAUUUGUCCCUUUGCAGAUUUGGCGAAGAAUGCCGGGACCUCGACGAAGAUUUGGGCCAAUUGA